AUGGUUAAAACUAGAGGUGGAUAUCAUGGUGAGGCUUCAUCCUCUCGUAGUGAGCCAUCAGAUGAAAGAAGACGACCUACGGCAUCUGCUCGUAGAAGACGAGUAGAAGAAUAUCGCGUGGACGUUAUUGAUGAGCAUGAUGAUGAGGAACAAGAAGAGUUAUUACAGCAUAGACAUAGUCAGGAUGAUUACGUUGAAGAGGAGGAUAUUCAGCAGCAGCAUGACUAUAGUCAAGAAGAACAUGAAGGUGAAGGUGAAGAUGAAGAUGAAGCUGAAGAUGGUGGAUUCCCAGGAGGUCCACAUGACACCUCCUUACUUACUCACUAUACCCAGCAUGUUGCAUUUGCCAUAUGGCAAGGCCAGGAUCGAAGGGGGAUAAAGGUUGUCACCCAUGGCAAAAGAUUGAAGCAUUUUGGAAUGUAUCAUGAGGCCAUUGAGCCUUAUAUCUCCAUGUCGGGGUUGGGUUGUUUAGUGAACCUCUCAUACGAGUAUGCUGGUCAUGGAUUGAUCGUUGCCCUUUCGGAGAGGUGGCACAUAGAGACUAAUACUUUCCACCUACCGAUAGGUGAGAUGACUGUCACAUUAGAUGACGUUAUGAAUUUGCUCCACCUACCCAUCAUGGGACAAUUUUGUGAGGUUGAGAAGUUAAAGUAUGAUGAGGCUCGAUCUCAUAUCAUGGAGCUGCUUGGUGUGGACCACGCUAAAGCUUCAGCUGAGAUGAAACAGUCACGUGGUCCAAAAGUUAGGCUCAGCUGGCUACGCGAGGUCUACCAGGAGAGCAUCCAGCAGGAGCGUUGGGAGUAUGCUGCUCGGGCUUACUUGUUGCAUCUGCUUGGAUGCACAAUUUUUACGAAUAAGAGUGCGACUCUAAUUCGGGUAUCGUAUCUCCUUCUCUUGCGAGACUUGAAUGCUUGUUCGAGAUAUGCUUGGGGAGCAGCAACACUUGCACAUACAUAUGAGCAGCUAGGAGAUGUUAGCUUCUAUGAGGUCAGACAGAUAGCUGGAUAUUCCACUCUUCUACAGAGUUGGAUAUAUGAGCACUUUCCUACAAUGGGAAGGAGGCAAGUGUCUGAGAGGUACACAGAACUUGAUCCACGUGCUUCACGAUACAUAUCCCUGAGGGUGGGUUGGAGUUUGACAGAGGGCCGAACAUUUCUGGAUGCCCUCACUUAUGAUGUAGUUAUCUGGAAUCCAUACCUUUCGCUCAUACGUACAUGCCCAUUGAUUGCCAUAAUUAUGUACUCGGGAUGGAUCCGAUUAGGCGACAUGAUUCAUCGACAUCUACCUGAACGCCUGUUGCGUCAAUUUGGUUUUCACCAGAACAUACCACGGUCACCUGAUAGUCUUCCGAUGCCAGACAUUCCUACUAUUGAUCUAAAUUGGUUGCGGUAUGUAGAGUAUGCCAUUACUAGUGUCAUUGAAGCUGAUGAGCCACAUGCGUGUGUUGAUGGAUACAUAACGUGGUUUAGGCGGGUGUCGCACCCGUACAUCACUCCAGGCAACGACGAUGAACGACCUAGUCUUGCACCGCGCAUGAGGCGAUACAUUCCAGAUGAGAGGUUGGUGCCUCCAGUUCGUCGUAGACGGUCGACUGAGCUAGGAUUGUUGGGGGGUAUGAGGCGCGUGAUCAGGAUGUUGCAGGGCAUGUUAACCUGUCGAGAUGUCACAGAGGGCACUGUAGCUUAUCAACGUACUACUGAGACACUACAGGUAGCUCGUAGGUCUGUUGAGGAGUAUGAGUCUGCCACACUUCCAUCAACACAUCCACUGACUCAACCUUAUCCACUAACAUCUUGCAUUUGGCUCUAA